UGGGGGGAAAGAGUUUCAUUGAUUCAGACAGAGAGGAGCUCAGAGCGAGAGAAUCAACUUUCAGCCUAAAACUUGAAAAGAAAUCAUGCUUGUCAAGUUCACCUGUGCUGUAGUCACCAGGAUAUUAUUCAUUUUAGUGUCUCUUAUUGGCGUUUGGAGAGUGACAUGGGUGAAAAAUAAUAACUUGUACUGGUUCCUGACAAUUCUUUAUCUGCCUCUCGUGGCUGAAAUGAUUUUAACUCUCAAAAGGAGAAAAGGGAAGGACUACAAAUGGUUUUCUCCAGCAAUUCUGUUCUUCCUCAUCAGUAUUAUACCAACCAUAUGGAUCCUUGAGUUGCACCAUCAGCACAACAAAUCAAAUGACACGAAGUGCAACAAACUGGAUUCAUCUUACAGCAUUCAAGCUUUUCUUCACGACUGGAGAAAUUUCACCAACGGAACAGUGAAUCCACAGGACACUAUGAAGUUCUUGUCAUCAGUUUGUGCCAACGACUGGAUCCUGGCCCUUCAGCAAAUCCUCCUGAUUCUUCUGAUAGUAGGCAAAUGGCUCCUGCCCAUCGCUGGAGGGGUCACCAGGGAUGAGAUGUCUCAGUUACUGCUCAUCUUUGUGGGCAUGGCUGCGGAUAUUCUCGAGUUUAUCAGCGAGACGCUGUCUGAUGUCAAGGAGGAAAGUCCACAUUUUGUGUACAUUAUUCUAGCAGUAUGGACGUGGAGUAUGUUACAGUUUCCUCUUCAUUUCUCAGUGGUGAACAGCAGAACCGAGGACAUCAGUGCUCAGGAAGACUCUCUCCUCUCUAAACACAGGACAGAUAUAUGGAACAUUGCGGAAAGUCUUUUUCUUCAAGAUGGCCCUUUUUUUAUAGUCCGACUGACGGUUAUGAUGCGCUUUUCUGUCUUUCAUCAAAUGUUGGUCUUUUUUACCAUGAAGAACUUAUUGGUGGUGAUGUUGAACAUCUACAGACUGUGGGUUAUUUGCAUUGAUUUCAGAUCAUGAGUUCUGUCCGACUUCAGUGAAACAGUACUUCUUUGUUCAGAAUCAGUGUUGUUAGCAGUGCACCGGUCUCAUCAAAGGCUCACAGAACAACUUGUGUCCGAGGAUUUAAUAUGUGACAUUAAAUAUUCACAAAAUCGUAAUCUCCACUCCACCUUACAAUAACUGCUCAGUUAUUCUGCACAUGUGAAUGAGUUACUGCAUGUUUCUGCGAUAUUUCACCAGACUUUCAUAUUUGAUGGUUAAAUGUCAUGAUUCCAGUAUUUUGUGACUCGUGAAGUUCCAGGAACUGUUUUCAGGAGACUACAUUGCAUUCUUCAGGUGUGUAAGUGUUUGUUUUUAUGAGGGCAGAGGGUGUGUAGGGGUGUGUUUUUUUGGAUGUCAGUAUAUCAAUUACUACAGUUAUGAAACCAUAGCUAUUUUGUGGCAGCGAUAGUUUUUUUUCGUAAGGGACAUAUCUUAGUUGAUUCUGAUCUAAUGAUUCAAUGUUCACUUUAUCAGCAGUCUUCUGUAGUUUACCUAACAGUACAUCUGCUGAUCCAUGUCAGAUUAUCAAGGUUUUAUUAAUGAGUGGAUUUCACAUUGUGACCAUUAACAAAAACAUUUUGUGCUCAGAUUUAGUGUUCUUUUUUCAUUUAAAGUCAGUUCUAUAGGAUUCAAGUCUAUAUUUCUUUCUAAUGCAUUCUCCCCUUCAUUUGAAUCAUGUUUAUAAGUAUAACACUUUAUUAUUGUAGAAUCUUAAGGCGUGUCUUAGUCUGUGGUUUUUAUGCAGAAUUUUGUCAUGACACGGCAUGUUUGAGCAGACACAAAAGACAACUGACUUUAUUAAUCCAAUUUUCUUACUUUACUUAAUGUAGAUAUUUUUCAGAAUGUUUAAAAUAUCUUCUGCAUCAUAAGUCAUUUGAAUUUGUUAAAAUUCUAAAAAACUUUUGUUUUAAACAUAUACAGUAAAAUAUAUAGAUAUAUGCUGUUUAUAGCAUAUUAAAGUUUCACUGACUGAAUCACUUCACAGUUGCAAACUAAAGGCAUCAUUAUUCAUAGCAUCAUUAUUAUCAAAUGGUUUAAAAGUGACAGUCGAUGUGUGUUCUCACACAAAAACAAACAUUGGUUUGAAUGUCGGGAAAACACAAAGUACCUUCACUUGCACUCGUGCUCUUUAAGGGCAGCUCAGGUUUAUACAGACACAAUGUUUGUCAUGACGACGUCAUGUAAAGGAAAGAAAUUCCUCUCAGAUAAAGAACUCACUAUGAGAUCUUUUAAGGAAUCGUGACUACUGAACGGAUGCAGGAGAUGAAUGGCGUCUUCCUCUUUAAAGGAAUGCUUAUCUGUCAUGAGUCCGCCUUCAUGUCAUGUCUAGUCUUGGUCUUGGGCAGAUUCAUGACGAAGUCUUAUGUUUUAUGUGAGAGAGAGAUUUUGACCCCUCCAUUCUUCCAUAUACUCUCUCUCUGGUCUGGGUCUUCAUUCUCGCCAUCUCGUUCCUGGUUAACUUUCCCUGAGUGUUUCAUUUCCCACACCUGGCCCUUGUUAAUUAUCCUUUGUCUGUAUCCCUAUAUAAUAUCCUCAUGUCUAUUGUUCUGUGCUCGUUCAUUGUAUUUGAAUGUACUUCUUUGCCUACUUGUGUUUGUUUACCCCAUUGCUUGUCUGUAUGUUGGCCUUGCCUUGUAUAUUCUAUGCUACCGUGAAGAUCACCACCCUUGGAUUACCUUACCCCGUGUAUUGAUGUUUCUCCAUUACCAAAUCGUGUUAUUUGUAAGUCGAGUUAUCUUGUUUCCUUUGUUUUUACCCCCUGGUGGGAAGUCUUUUGGUUCUGUUUAUUAUUAUUAGUUCGGUCCUUGUUUUCCCUUUGUGGUUUUUUGUUUAUUAUCAAAGUAUUUUUGUUAGCCCUUAUUGCUGCCUGCGUUUGGGUUCUUCCUCCCCUGCAAACCCUGACACUUAUCUGUGACCUAUAGGCCUAUAUUAUA